ACCACCCUAACGAGCAAGUGACUUCCUAAUACCUAUCGUCCGUCAGUUUCUUCCGACACUCGGCACUGAAAUCGCCGUCCUCCACGUUAAUUGCCAAAGGAUUCAAGGUGUUGUCUGGUUUUCGUUUUAGAAUUCAUCUUGGUUUCGAUUUCGUUUUCGCUCUGAAUUUGCUGUCGUUCCGACCGAGCGAAGCGUCGAACGAAUUUUCUCUGUUGGACCAUUUUGGGCGCAGAGAGCCAAACAUUCAAGCCGUGAAGAGGGGGCACUCUUGUUAGAUCCGAUGGCGGGUUCUUCUGGGUCGAAGCCGUCUUUGUUCUGCUUGAAGUGGCCAUGGAAUGAACACAACCACUCCAAAUCCUCCAACGUCUGCAACUUCGACGGCCCAUGGUUGUUCAGAUCAAUGCAUAGCCUCGGUUCCGUUGCACUCGAUUCCCUGAGCUCGUUUUCGAAAUCUUCCAGCUCCUGGAUUAGUAAUUUUGGUUUCCCUCAGAAUGUCAUUGGGACUGAUCGAAACAACAGUCUGAAACCGAAGAAACGGGUGCUAAGUGCCGAAGAGCAGGGAGAAGCAGAGCAGAGGGCAUUUGCCGCCGCGUUAGCCAGCGUGAAGGAGGCUACCGUGCUCGAGUUUUAUUCACCGAAAUGCAGACUCUGCAACUCUUUGCUGAACUUUGUUUUGGAGGUAGAGAAGAGGAAUUCGAAUUGGCUCAACGUUGUCAUGGCAGAUGCCGAGAACGAGAAAUGGAUGCCCGAGCGUCUCCACUACGAGAUCAAUUACGUCCCUUGUUUCGUGCUGUUGGACAAAGACGGGAGAGCGUUGGCCAAAACCGGUGUCCCAUGGAGUCGUCGACAUGUCAUUGCAGGUCUUUCCCAUCUUCUCAAGAUGAAGCGGCCAUCCCCUUCUCAGGAUCAGUAGGUUGUCUCCCGUCUGAACACCCGAAUGCAAGUUUCGAUCGAGAUAUCAUCCUCACAUUCGCAUAGUCGCGGCUUUUGGGUAUGCUUCGGAAUUUGAUCUUUGUAUGUUAGUUCUCUUGGAAAGGAAAACUAUAAAGAAGAACAGAAAUCUGAGCAUAUAGCCAUUUUGUGCUUAAUUACUCUUUUGUUAUGUAGAAGUAAGUUUCAAUCUACUUCGGUUUGGUUUAUUGUCAUUUGGAACUAAAAAUCGAUGUUCCUUCUUGUUUGAA